CCGGGCGUCGCCCAUCGAUCUCACGCCAUUUUGCGGCAAGCUACUCACUAAAUUCAGUUUGACGUUAAAUUCUCAUUUUUCUGAAUAUUUGCGUUUCGGCUGGUCACACCCCACUUACGAGUCAAGCGUGCUUGAGCUGAAUACAACAUGUCACAAGAGGAGAAUGUCGGGCUCAUGCAGGCAUUUAAAGAAAAGGUACAGGAGGCCGUUGGCUUGAUGUCGAAGUUUGGCACUGGUGAAGACAAGGAUCAUGCAGUGCAACUGAUGAAAAGUGUACUUCUACACCAGCUGCAAACAAGUGAAGGAAAGGCACCAGCUGAUGCCUCAUCUGAAGAAAUGCCUUCCUCCUCAGCUGAAGUGAUGGAAGCCCUUGAUUCUUCUGCUGCUGCUGCCUCUCUGUUGCUCUCAGUUGCCAAAGAGAGCAAGGAGAAGGGCGAGUCCGUAAAGGUCGAAGUGCUUGACACGCCACCUAGUGGCAGGCAGCUGCGAACAUACACGCGCAAGAAGCUUGCAGUGAAGCAGACUGGCAAGAAUGCUCCGCUGAGCUGUGGGGAGUUUGACGACAAACAUCAACUGAAAGACUUUAAAGCUGCUGCUCCUGCCACUAAAGAUGGCAGUGGUGAUGCAUCUUUGUACAUAGAGGUGACAGUCUGUGAUCCAGCAGAGGAUAAAAGCUGUGGAGGAGUUGUGACACGAAAACGGAAGAAGGAGUUGCAAGAGGAGGCGGUGAGCACACGAAGGAAAAAACUUAAAAACAAGAUGGACGAUGCAGAAAAUAUAAAGCAUGAAGUGCAACAGAGCUCAGUUGAUGAAUGUAUUAUAGUUUUAGAGGAUCCAUGUAACAUGGAUAAUUCAGUGUCAAAGAAGACUUCCAGAAAUGGUAACAUCAAAAAAGCAAAGAAUGACAAUGUAGAAGCAACAGUAACAGCUAGUGUUUGUCAAGUCUGUGCCAAAAAGUUAUCCAGCAUAGCUUCACUAGAAGCGCACAUGAGAAUUCACACUGGCGAAAAGCCAUUUGCGUGCAACCUAUGCAAUGCCUCUUUCUCAACUAAAGGCAACAAGGCGAGGCAUGAGCGAACACACACAGGUGACAAACCAUAUGAGUGCAACGUCUGCAAGAAGCGAUUCACAGAGAAGAAGAGCGUAGACAUUCACAUGCGCAUCCACACCGGCGAAAAACCAUACCAGUGCCAGAUAUGCGAUCGACGCUUUAGCCAGAUCGGAAUUCUGCAGGGUCACAUGCUGCUGCACGUCGGCCGUCGUAACUUCGUCUGCGAGCUCUGCGGGAAGGGCUUCCCACAGAAGAGUCAGCUGCGCUGCCACCUAGUGAGACACAGCGGCAUCAGGCCGCACCAGUGUUUGACGUGCACGGCGACUUUUGUCACGCGAAGUGACCUUGAGCGGCACCGGCGCACGCACACGGGCGAGCGUCCCUACGUCUGCGAGCAGUGCGGCAAGAGCUUCACGCGCCAGCAGAACCUGCGCGAGCACAUGAACCGGCACAACAACGUGCUGCCGUACAAGUGCACGCGCUGCGAGCGCGCCUUCCCGGAGAUGUCUGCCUGCUACAAGCACAUCAAGAUGCAUCUGAAGCUGGACCAGGAGGCAAGCAAGGCAGCCGGCGGCGGCGGCGGCGGUGGUGGCGGUCUGCUAGAGGGCACUCAGGUGCAGUUGCAGGCAAACGCAAUUCCGACAGUCGUAUCGAAAUACGAGGAGCAGGAUGACACUACCAGGGUGCGCUACGAUCACGACGGCACCAGCAGGGUGCGCUAUGAGCAUGACAAUGUCACCACGGGGCACUACGAACAAGACACCGUCACCGAGGGGAGCUACGAGCACAACGAUGCCACUGGGGGGCGCUACGAGCAUGACGAUGCCACUGGGGGGCGCUACGAGCAUGACGAUGCCACUGGGGGGCGCUACGAGCAUGACGAUGCCACUGGGGGGCGCUACGAGCAUGUCGCACUGCAGAACGCUCAGCCGAUCAUCGGCGGCGACGGCGACGAGCAUCACAUCGUCAUAGCGACGGCCGGUGACGGCGUGGACGUGACCGGGGACGACAUCGUCCACCUGAUGCCGAUGACCGGGGGCCAGCCGACGGUCAUCAUGGUGUCCGCCGAGCACGAUCCGCCGCACAUCAUCAACCUCGUCGCGGCCGCCGACGGCGACGUGCUGGUGGCGCCCCCUCACGACGCGGUGUCUGUCGUGCAGGCGCUCGCGGGGGAGCACGAGGUGGUGGGGGCGGAGGCGGCGGCGCAGGGGGAGGAGCACGGGGAUUACGCGGCCAUCAACAUGCUGGUCAACGCGGCGUCGCUGACCGCUGCCUACCAGGACCUCGGGGAGGUUGCCGGGCAGACGUACGCGGCGCAUCACGACGGUCCGGCCAGCUAG